AUGAAGCUUGACUAUAAAAUUGUGCAGUUUGUGAAGAAGUGAAUGAUUAUCUAACACAAACAGCACAAGUAAACGGACAACAAACACAUCUAUAGAGCUGUAAAUUUAUUCUGGAUUUGUUGUUAUCGACAAUAUAAUGACUUUAAUAUCCGUUGUAGUGAAAGAGAGCAACUUUAAAUCAACGGCAUAAAAUCAAUAUAGUUCCUCCAAAUUAUUGAAUUUUAUUUGAUCGUGUUUGAAAUUUGUGCGAUCGCCUGGUAGUUUAGGGCUUUAGAUUGAGCGUGCGUAUGCGAGAGAGAUCAAUAUGUCCGUGCGUUUACUAACAACUCGACUUAUUAAACAUGGUCGUUAUUUGCUUCAAAGCUAUUGGAAGCGCGAUAUACAUAGCAACAUUUUGGAACAAAAGCAAACACGUCAACGUACUCGUUUACCUACGUUAGCAGCCCAAGUUGGUCAAAAAGCAGCUGCUAAGCAUGCUGUAAAUAUUCCGGGAGUUAAUAGCGGUACUGCCACCGGUCAGUUGGCAGCUAAUGUAAAUCGCACUACAGGAAUACUUCGUUUUGGUCAGCAUGCUCGCAAAUUGUUUAUCGAUAACAUAUUGAAUAGGGUUACAACUACCUACUCAGCUGAGUUGCGUAGCCAAGCAACAAAAAAACUAUUUUAUGGAGAUUCUGCUCCUUUCUUUGCUUUAGUUGGCGUCAGCUUGGCUUCCGGUGCCGGUGUUCUAACUAAAGAAGAUGAAUUAGAGGGCGUGUGCUGGGAAAUAAGAGAAGCUGCCAAUCGCCUGCAGGCAAAUUGGAAUUCUGACGAAAUCUCCGAAACAUUAGAUGAGUCUUUUAGCGUUGACAAACUCACUGUUGGUCCAGCUAUAGCCAAGGGUUGCGCUGCUGUUGUAUAUGCAGCAGCUUUGAAAGAGUGUGAGGUUAAUACCGAAUCUUCCAUUAAUAAUCAAUCGUUAUCCUCUGCCUUAGAAGGUCGUUCACGUUCAACGCUACAGCAGCAGCAGCAGCCAUUUCGUCCCGAGUUUAUAACUCCUUUACAAAACAUGUCCCGGUUUGUCCAUAAUUUCGGAGGAUCGGUUGACAAUUUACAAUUAUUUAAUCAAGCAUCGGCAGCGACUGUCUUUGAAGAAACUUUAGCCGUGGCCGAAAAAAAUUCCGAGGAAUACACAAAAUCGAAAGAUAACCGCAAAUUGUCAAAAGAUGUUUCCCCAUUUUCGGGUAUUGGCAACGGGAAUCAAUCGCUGCUUACUGUAAACACUGGCGCAGGGGCUAAUUUACAACGUUACCCUUUAGCUUUGAAAAUGAUGUUUAAUUAUGACAUACAGAGUAACGCUUUAGCUAUUUUACGAGCCAUGUACAAAGAAACUGUGCCAGCUCGUCAGCGGUACAUGCGCGAAGCUGCUGAAACUUGGGAGCAGCACAUACAAGAUCAAACUCUCUUGUUGCCGGCACAUCCAAACAUUGUGUGCAUGUACGGUUUCUUUUGUGACGAAGUACGACAGCUUCCUGACGGUCAUCUAUUGUAUCCUAUAGCUCAACCACAACGUAUCAAUCCAAAUGGUUACGGCCGUAAUAUGUCACUGUAUUUGUUAAUGAAACGUUAUGAUUAUAGCUUACGGGCCUUUUUAAAUGAGUAUAAAGUGUCCACACGAGAGAAACUGUUGCUCUUAGCUCAGCUGUUGGAAGCUGUGGCCCACAUUAGUUGCCACGGUAUAGCUCAUCGUGAUUUAAAAUCGGAUAAUAUAUUGAUAGAGCUAAACGAAGAAGAUUCUCCUCCGCUACUGGUAUUAUCAGAUUUCGGUUGCUGCUUGGCAGAUCGUGUGCAUGGCCUGCAAGUGCCAUACUCCUCUUUAGACAUCGAUAAGGGCGGCAAUGCUGCUUUAAUGGCGCCAGAAAUCAUCAAUAAGCAACCGGGUUCUUUUGCUGUAUUAAAUUACAGUAAAGCUGACUUAUGGGCCUGUGGAGCCAUAGCUUAUGAAAUCUUUGGCUUAAAUAAUCCCUUCUAUUCAUCUAGCGGCGGUCUGGCAGCUGCUAAAGGAGAGCAAACAUUUUCCCUGCGCAAUUCGGACUACAGGGAAGAGGACUUGCCGGCCCUAAGCGAUGAAUGUCCAUUUUUGGUGCAACAAUUAAUUUACAACAUUUUAUCACCAAAUCCAACGAAACGCGUUAGCCCAGAUAUUGCGGCAAAUAUAUUGCAAUUGUUUUUGUGGGCACCUUCAAAAUGGCUCAAAUCGGAUGGUAUGCCUAAUAGCCCUGAGAUUUUACAAUGGUUGCUGUCCUUGACCACAAAGGUUAUGUGUGAGGUAAAUUCUGCAUCGUCAACUAGUGCAACAACUUAUCAAAAAGCAGGCCGACGUACUUAUGUCGAAUAUAUAUUAAUUUGUAAUUUCCUAACCAGGGCACGUUUGCGUCGCAUACGUGGCGCUUUGAAUUGGAUACAAAGUAUUGUGUAAAUAAAUUUUAUAAAAUCGCUGAUUUUAGGUGUCGGCUAAACGAGUCAACUACAAGACAAAUUGAAA